CAGCGUUCAAACAUCUACUGUCUCAGCUUUCUUUUGCAUUUACAGCACUGCAUCUUUUGUCUAUUUACAACAUGUCCAUUAACUACGGAUCAUCUGUCUAUCACCACGUCGCUGGAGUCUACCAGCGCGACCAAAGCGGUCGACUGCUGGUUGCUGAGGGUAGAUAUGCUAAACAGAUCCGUUCAUUUUGGUCUGACAUAUCCAACGUUGCCUUGAAAGGAGAAACGACUGAACGGACUGAGUUGUCCUCUGGCAAGGCCGUCAACUCCACACAGACUACGCUUCCAUUCAACAUCCAAAGGGACCAGUCUGAGCAGACACAGACCUUCCAAAUCCACGAGCUACUGGAACCUGAUAGUGAUGAUGUCCGUGGACUCAUCACAUCCGAACCCUCAUCCUUCCUCCAGCCUGUCUUCUUCAACUGGGCAAAAACAUUUCUCCUCUUGAAUGCCCGUAUGCUCACAACUGGCGUCUCAUUCGACUCGAUAAAUAUAGAAGCAUUAAAGAUUGCUGAUCAGGUAGCCGAUCUCUUCGAAUCCAUCAAAAACACCAGUCAGGACGAUAAAUGGUCCACAGAAGGUCGCCAAUACUUCAUCAACAAGGUCUAUUCGUUCACCAAAGACAGUCGGCACAUCGAGCUUUGUCUCCCUGCGUUCCCAUGCAAGUCCUCAAACCCGGAGAAAGUUGCCGGUGUGUCUCCAGAUGCUGCAGAGUAUCUUGCCCUCAACCACCUACACAGUUUCGUGGAGCAAGUCUCGAAGAUAUAUACCCCUGGAGCAACGCUGUGGAUUAUCAGCGAUGGCCAUGUAUUUUCCGAUUGCAUUGGUGUAGAUGAUUCCCUAGUUGACGAGUACGGACAGACCCUCGAGAUCGAAUAUCGUCGCCGGCAAGAGUCCACUGGGAACGGAUACAUCAAAUUCACGGGGCUUGAAGACCUCUUCUUCUCAUCUCUUGAAACAACCGCCGCCUUUUCAACAGACAUGCUCACUGAUGUCGAGAUCCCCCAGCCUAUUGAGACCAUCCGCACCGACAGUGCCCAGAAGUGUCGGCUCCUGCUAGAGAAAGUUGGAGGGAUUGACCGGGACCAUCUGAGACAGUUGAUUACGGAUAAACACCAUGAUACCCUCGCUCUCUAUCAAGGACAAUCGCGGUUUAUGCUCGAGGACCUGGCCAGCUAUUUGUCUGCUAGGAAUAUGGGUGGGAAGCAGAAGAAGAGGGUUGCAAGCAGUGUUGCUGCUGAGAUGAUUGCAAGGAAUCACGCCUACUCGAACCUGGUUGAGCUCCUGUUCCCCCAUCACAUCCGUCUCUCGAUCCAUGCACACUCCAACUGCGGUCCCAAGUUUGGCAUCCGUCUUUUUCCCAAAGGAACAGUUCGCCCAGUCCUAGAUGCCCAGUCUCUCCUCUCAACCACCGAAUCAUCGAAAUCCACCUAUGAAUUCCAAAUUCCUACCGCGUGGCACAAUUGUCUUGCCAAGGUUGACGAAAGUGAAACUAUGCUUCUCACAAGAUCUGGAAUUAUACGCGAUGCAAUCAGGAAAGGUAUCUUCUCCGGAUCUUGGUGUGAAGAUACCAAUGGGGGGUAUUUCGCGGUGAAACGUAUCCAAGACAAGUCUGAGGAGCAAACGGGACAGGAGGUGGCACUUAGAGAGCCCAGACCAGAGCCCCUUAAGAGUCCCCUCAGUGUUUUCGGCUUGUUCGUGUGGAGUCGGCUUAUGGGCAUGUGGGCGGCGUUUCGGACUGUGGUGAGGUGGUCUUGA